AAACAGGAGGCCAAACUCCAUGCUUUGAGUCUCCACCAUCCACUCUUUACUUUUAAUAUCAGUACCUAAAGCCACUUCUGAGUUCUGAUAAAUAUUCAAGCAUGGCAAUUUCAUCAUCCCUCUCAUUGAGCUGCUGGGUUUCUACUGCCAUACCUGACAAGUUUUACUGCAAUGAGUUGCCACGAGCUACCUCGGCUCAUUUUUCAUGCAAAUCCAUCACUUGCUUAGGAGAGUCAGCCUCCAUUGAAGAAAGCCAUUGCAAGAGAAGGCCUCUACUUUUAGGAUUUGGGGCACUAACCACAAGUCUACUUCAUGCAAAUUCCCUCCUUGCUCAAGAAAUACCGGAAAAGUUUCAAGCUUUCGUCGACAAAGUAGAUGGGUAUUCAUACUACUACCCCAACGAUUGGAGGGACUUUGAGUUUAGAGCACAUGACUCUGCAUUCAAGGACAGAUACAUGCAGCUGCAUAAUGUUAGAGUGAGAUUUAUACCCACAAAUAAAACUGACAUCCAUGAUUUGGGUCCAAUGGAACAGGUUGUUACCGAUCUGGUGAGGCAUAAACUUGCUGCACCAAACCAGUAUGCAACUAUAUUUGGCGUCGAGGAGAAGAACAUCGAUGGGAAAAAUUAUUACACCAUUGAGUUUGGACUUGAAUCUCCAAACUUCGCUACCACUUCAUUCGCAACCAUAGCUAUUGGAAACGGGAGAUACUACACCCUGAUUGUCGGAGCAAACGAAAGACGGUGGAAAAGAUACCGCAACCAGCUUAAAGUGGUGGCAGACUCUUUCAGAAUGCUUGACAUCUGAAAUCCAAUGUCAUGGAGCAAUGCAAUCUCCAAUGACAGUGUAAGAAGUAUAUAUUGCUAAAUUUUUUAUGUCCAUUUGCAAUCAACGAGUA